AAUCGUUAAAUGAAGUUAACAAAACAUGCCGUUUAUCGACAGAAACAAUAGACAUAAUCCGCUUUGAGUGAGCACAGAGACAGAAAGACACCCUUAACCACUAUACACACAUGGCGAACAGAUUUAGCAAGCGUACUGCACGAUCAUUUUCUAAAAUUAGCUGAAGUUUGAGACAUAAAAACUACGGUAUUAUAUAUAUAUCUUUUAAGGCGUUACAUUGUAACGCCUUAAAGUUUGCGUCACGGAAUAACAACAACGAGUCAUUUGACAUUCUUCCUCGUUCCGCUUAUGCAAAUGAUCCAUCGCUUCAUAUUUUCAGAUGACUUGUGACUGGACUCACUCAUUCAGCCAUGAGACUGACCAGCACUGCUCUGCUCUUCCUCCUCAUCAUCAGCUGUAAUGCAUUGGCUCUUAAACCGCAGCUCUUAGGCAGACACACCGUCCAAACCUACUCUCAUCACAGAUCGGUCUCAUACAAAACUUUCUAUUUUGAUCAACAGAUUGACCAUUUUGGCUUUUUGGAGAAUGGCACGUUCAAGCAGAGGUACCUUCUCAACGACCAGCACUGGCACAAGGAAGGAGGCCCAAUCCUGUUUUACACAGGCAAUGAAGGAGACAUCACAUGGUUCUGUAACAACACUGGUUUCAUGUGGGAUGUAGCAGAAGAGCUGGGAGCCAUGCUGGUUUUUGCUGAACAUCGCUACUAUGGAGAGUCCAUGCCGUUCGGCGAGGAGUCUUACAGCAAUGCAAAGUAUCUGAACUACCUGACCUCAGAACAGGCUUUAGCUGACUUUGCAGUGUUGAUCAAAGCUCUGAAAAAAACCCUGCCUGGAGCUCAGACGAGUUCAGUCAUCGCCAUCGGCGGCUCCUACGGCGGGAUGCUGGCGGCCUGGCUGAGGAUGAAGUAUCCCAGUGCAGUUGUAGGCGCUCUUGCCGCGUCCGCUCCCAUCUGGCAGUUCAUUGUGCCAUGUGGAGAGUUUUACAAAGUGGUCACUCAUGACUUCACCAUCAGUGGUACUAACUGCAGCAGCAACAUCAGGAGGUCAUGGGCCGCUAUUGACAGGGUCUCGGCAACAGGUGAGGGUCUGCAGUGGCUCUCUCAGGAGUUUGGACUGUGUAGUCCUUUAAAGUCUUCAGAUGAAGUGUACGGCUUCAAGGCUUGGCUGCAGGAAACCUGGGUGAACUUAGCCAUGGUGGAUUAUCCAUACGAAGCCAACUUCCUUCAGCCACUUCCAGCCUGGCCUGUUAAGGUGGUGUGUGCGAAUCUUAAGUUUGAUACUGGCGUAUCAGACAAGCAGCUUUUGAUUGGCAUCUCUAAAGCUGUAAGAGUGUACUACAAUUACACGGGAGAUGCAGUCUGUCUCAACACCUCACAAACCGCUACUGGGAAUCUGGGCUUCCUGGGUUGGUUCUACCAGAGCUGUACAGAGAUGGUGAUGCCAAUGUGUACAGACGGCAUCGCUGACAUGUUUGAGCCACAGCCAUGGAACUUCCAGGCCUUCUCCGACGAGUGCUACAGCCAGUUUGGAGUGCGGCCACGGGAAGACUGGGCAGAAACUGUAUAUGGUGGGAGAAACAUCAGUGCUCACACCAACAUCAUCUUCAGUAAUGGAAAUCUUGAUCCAUGGAUGAGCGGUGGAGUGACCAAGAGUCUUUCAAAAUCUCUGGUCGCCAUUAUGAUCAAUGGAGGCGCUCACCACCUCGAUCUGCGCUUCAACAACGAGUAUGACCCAGAGUCUGUUAUCACAACACGGGCACAGGAAGUACACUACUUCAUGAAGUGGAUCAAACAGGCAGCAUUUGAAAAUGACAAGAGGACUUAAGACCGACGAAAUGAACCAUUUCUGCUUGCUGUGUGCCAAAGUUAGUGGUUUCUUCCUUGGUACUUAAAAUGUUUUAUUGGAUGGGAAGUUCUUUUUGAAAUCCUGGUUGAUCAUCUUGUUCUUCGUUUUAAGUGUGAUUGUGUGUGUGCAAACCAAGAAUUUUGACAUUACAAUUUUACAUUUGUUGCUGUUUGGAUCAUGACUAAGUUUUUGGACAAAAUGGAGGAAUGUAAAGUUUCAGAAAAUACCAAAUGCAAAACCACUCAGGGUGUCCUUUGCCAAAGUCUCAAAGUUGAAUUGUAGCAAUAAUAAUCCUAUGCAUAUUCGCCAUCAGCUAGGGUUUUUAACUGAAGUUUGCUACAUUUUAAAGGAAUAGUUCACCAGAAAUAAAAAAAAUUCUCUCAUUUAUUCACCCUCAUGUUGACGUUCUUUCUUCCAUGGAUCUCAGAAUUAAAUUUUCUCUAGGAAAAAAAGGACACCAUAAAAAUAUUCUAUAUGACUCUCAUUUCAGCAUUUGCCAAAUGUGGCAUGCUGUGAUUGGUUAUGAGAUAUGCAAGAACCAAACUUAAAAUUUAAGUGAAAACCAAUAUACAUUUUGAUUUGUUUUUAGGGUUUGAAAUAUAGUCACAUAAAUAUAGCAUUUAUGCUGGUUUUACGGUUCUUUUUUGAGCUUUCUGUUAAAUGGAAGACACCAGCGUAAACAUUCUUCCUUUGUUGAGCCACUGAAAAAAAAACAGAUUGUGAGUAAAUGAUAACAGAAUUUCCAUUUUUAGGAGGUAAACUAUUCCUUUUAUUCAAUUGCAACAUGUUUUAGGGAUAAUUUCUACUAUUCAGAAAUUGGAUAGUCACUGAAAUUGGCUGGACCUAAUAUCAGUGAUCAGUGUUAUGUUCAUUGUCUGUACAAAAUCACAAGUCUUCUGUUUUCUGAACAAACUGUUUACACUUCUGAUUGUACUAAUGUUACUGUCUUAAUCUUGCACUGUUUUUAUAGGAAAUGAUACAUUAACAUGAUCCUCAGAAUAAAUGCAUAUGAACGGA